GAAAUAGACACGAAACAAACAGUCCCUAAGAAAAGGUGCAUGGGUAGCUCCGUUUGUUAAUUUUAGGCCAACUCCCAAUGCCCAAGCGGGAAUUUUCCAAUGCUCAUUUCGUUAAAACCAAAGCAAAUCGCACCAUAAAAGCCCUUGCUUCCACAAAUCCACUAAAAUUCUUUUCUGCUAACAAAUAGAGACGGUGAUGAAGAAAUCGGCUAACUCCAACGCCACUGCCACCGCCCAAAGCCUGACCUCCCAGGAGUCUCACUUCCUCGUCCGCGAAACGCUGCGCAUCAGCGCCAACCUGGCGUCAAAUGUGGGUGUAAGUAGCAGUGGUAGUAGCCGCAGCAUGAACGACGGAGCCGCGAUUCCAUUGAUGGAUGAAAAUCGGAGGAUGGGAUUGCUGGGUGAUGAAUUUCUAGAAUCAAGCUCGAAAUUGAUAUGUUGUGAGGAAAUUGACGGCAGGAGAUGGAUGUACAUGGCUGAGAAAGAUCCCUUUGGCAAUUUCAAGAACAAUUCCAUUCGCACUCUCAGUUUGCACACCCCUCAGACACCUCUUGAUGAAUUGAUGUCAUUUGUAAGGUCAUAUGUGGUGCCUGAGGGCUUUCCUGACAGUGUUACUCCUUCAUACGUGCCAUACAUGACAUGGAGAGCAUUGAAGUACUUCUUUGGUGGAGCAAUGAGUGUUUUCACAACGAAAACCCUUUUGAGCUCAGUUGGAGUCUCUAGAAAUAGAACUACACCUGCCGCUGUUGCUAUCAAUUGGAUUCUCAAGGAUGGUGCUGGUCGUUUUGGUAAAAUGCUUUUUUCCCGGCAAGGAAAAAAAUUUGAUUAUGAUCUAAAACAGCUUCGGUUUGCUGGUGACCUUCUAAUGGAGCUGGGUGCUGGGGUAGAGUUGGCAACUGCAGCUGUGCCUCAUCUUUUUCUUCCUUUGGCCUGUGCUGCGAAUUUGGCAAAGAAUGUUUCUGCUGUAACAUCAACAUCAACUCGGACACCAAUUUACAAAGCCUUUGCUAAAGGAGAGAACAUUGGAGAUGUCACAGCUAAAGGAGAAUGUGUUGCCAAUAUUGCAGAUCUGUUGGGAACUGGACUGAGCAUUAUGAUCUCGAAAAGAAACCCAUCGUUAGUUACUACAUUUGCUCUCCUUUCAUGCGGAUAUCUCUUCAGUUCUUACACAGAGGUUAGAUCUCUGGUGCUAAACACAUUAAAUAGAGCUAGAUUCAGUGUGGCAGUAGAUUCCUUCCUUAAGACUGGGAAAGUUCCCUCAUUGCAGGAGGGAAAUAUGCAGGAAAAUAUAUUCAGUUUUCCAUGGUUGAAGGACAGACCUGUUAUUCUUGGCUCAAGAUUUAAGGAUGCUUUCCAAGAUCCCGGGGCCUAUCUUGCUAUAGAACCUCUCUUUGAGAAAGAAAAAUAUAUAGUGACAUAUGAUCCUUUGAAGGAGAAAGUAUAUGCAUUGUUCAAGGAUCAAGCAAAGUCGGAUGACAUUCUAAAAGCAGCAUUCCACGCACAUGUGCUCUUGCAUUUCAUUCGUUCGUCAAAUAAUAGUCAAUCUUCAUCUAGAAGUCAGCAAGAACAUGGUCACUCAAAUCUUAUGCCCACAACUGCUGAUUUUGAGCCUCAUAUUGCUGAUUCAUGUAAGAUGGUUUCAACAUCAUUUGGACUUUUCAAGAACAAAGCUGCUGAACAGGGUUGGAGGAUGUCAGAUUCGCUUCUUAAUCCAGGUCGAGCUCGACUGUGUUAAUGGGCUAAUUAGGAUUAACAUCCUUGAACUCUUUUGCUUAUCUGAAAUUGGGGGUUGAAUUGCAAACCAAUAUCUGCGUUAAUAGACAUCAAUGACAAGAGCAUAUACAUGACAAAAGAGGUUCAGAAAUCAGAAUUGGUCAUAUACCAACGAGACCAUUGGUCUGUUUGAGCUGGUUAGCCUGUGCAAGCAUCCAAUUUUCUGCAACUUGGGCUUUAUAUGUGGAAUGCAUUUUCAGGAAAAAGAUGACAUACACAGUGAUGUUAUAUAAGCUAAUGCAGCAUUACAAAUAAGUUUCAAUAUCAUAGUGUAACAUCAGUACCAAAUUGUCUUUCUUUGAAUCCUUUUUUUUUUCCUUUUUAUCUCUUAUAGAGGAAUUGUGGAGGCUUGUGUGAAUAGUUUGAAAUCCAUUUACAUAGUAAUUAAAAUUUAUCUUGGGGGGUCAAUAUUCCCUCUCUUUUUUUUCUUUUCCCUGUGUCCGUAGGAGCAGUUGUUGCCAAAUGCAGUUCGUCUAUGGUACA